CGGGGAAGUGUCGUCCAAUCAGCGAACUCGAGCGGAAGGUGACAUUGAUCCGGUGUCAUGGCGUCGCUGGUCCGGCUCGGAGUAGCUCUGAAGGCCGGAGGUCGUCUAUUCGGGUCUGCGGUGAGGAAGCAGCCUGGAGUCCGCCAUUCCGGAGGCCACACAGAACCUCGCUACAGACAGUUGACUGAUGUGCCCAAGGCAAAUGUUAUAAGGGCUGAGCUGAUUGGUGGCCUGAUGUGGUUUUGGAUCCUGUGGCAUUUCUGGCAUCAGCCAUCUGAAGUUUUUGGUCACUUUCCCUAUCCUGACCCUGAUGAGUGGACAGAUGAAGAGCUGGGCAUCCCCGCAGAAGAUGAAGAGUAGAUCUGUGUAUUCUCAGU